AUGCCCUUAACUUCAUUAUGCCUGCCAAGCCUAUAUAAGGGCAAAAGGGGCCAAUCAAUCCCACAAAGAAAAAAUCUUGUGGGUAACGUCAUAUUUGAAGGUGCUGCGGAAGAUUGGGUACGCCCAUACAAGGAAAGGAAGGUGUUCAGGGGAGAGGCGGUUCCCUUAUUGGAAGAUAUUGAUACAUUUUGGGUUGAGUUCACAAAGCAUUAUGUAGAUACAAAUUGUGAUGAGAAGUACCGCCAAAAAUGGAAUAAUUUACGACAGAAAGCAUCAGUACAAGAAUAUACUCGCAAAUUCCAGCAGUACUCAGUGUCCUUAGGGUACAGCAAUGAGACGUUACGCAAUAAGUACUAUGAUGGCCUCCAAAACAAUAUCAAGGACAUCAUGCUUUCCACUAUGUUCCAAUGGCGUUGUGCUACGGCUCAACAAGUGUAUGACAAGGCAGAAGAAAUUGCCAACCACAUUGAGUCAACUUGUCUUUCCAACCCAUCUGUCUCCGCUGCUUGUACGUCUUCCAACACUGUCUCCACCCCUACUUCCAACCCCACUCCUACUCGUACUUGUCUUAAUAAAGGCGCUAUUACUUCAAUUGUUUGCACUACCUCUGGCAACAUGCCAAAUGUCAGGUGGAAUGGAGAAUCCAAGGACACAAUGAUCCCAUUCCCCUCCCUUAAGAAAGAUGAACGCCCCGCUGCGGCUGCACCUGUUAAAACCAUCAUUGCACCUACUCCUAUUCUAGCCUCAAACUCUAAAGGUCCAGGUCCCAUGGAUCUUGAUGGAAGAGGAUUUUCAAAUCUCACAUGCCAUGUAUGCGGUGGAAAAGGUCAUUUUGCACGCAGUUGCCCCUCUAAGCCCAUGUCUGGACAUGUGGCUAAUGUUGAAUGGUCUUGGGAAAGGCCUAAAGAAGAAAAUUGA